CGACAAGUCGCGAUGGACGUCUGCGCUGCCUCCUCAGCUUAGUACACAAAUUCCAAUCUCCGUUGCUGAUUUCCCACACUCACUCAUUUUGCAUUCCCGUGGCGGCUAAAAUAAUUCUUGCCAUGUUUUUAGCUUCGCUGCAUCAUACUCCUCUGUAGUCGAAAAAUGGUACGAGCGAAAAGAUCUCAGCCUCAAGCUGCCGAUCCCGCCCCUACUCGCUCUUUACGAAAGCGAGCCCGCGACGAUGGUGAAGAACCGAACGAAGGACCUUCUUCUGGGCGGCGUGGUGGCCUCGCUACAGUCGUACUGCGUGUUAAUGGUACCUCGAGCGAGCGUAACUCCGAGUUCGACUUCCCUUCGGACGGCGACGAUAGCAUCCCACCCGUGAAAGAGACCCCGAGUAAAAGGAAACAUGUCCCAGCUAUUGCCACGACUCCUAACACUAAUGGAGAAAUCUCAAUGCCCCGAAGCCAUAGGAGGACUACCAACGAUACUGCGACGCCGUCCAAGGCCAAGGGUAGCCUUGACGCCCAGACACCCAAAUGGAAGCGAAACGAUCGUUCUGCAAGGAAGAAGAGCGCUAGAGCACUCAUCGAGAGGGUCGUGGGUGGAGACGGGAGUGAUGAUGACGAUGAUGAAGACAUUGCGCGGGAAAUCUACGAAUCUAGCGAUGAGGAGGAGGUGGUGGAGGAGGAAGGUGAGGAGAGAGCUGAAGGCGCCGAGGAGGAAGACAACCCCCCUGACGAAGCUGCCACGCCAUCCCAAAAGCCCCGACGAGGCAGACCGAGGAAGCAAAACACGAAACGCGCUCGGAAGAAAUCGCCGACGCCGCCUCGCGACCUCCCUCCUCACGAGCUCUAUUUUGCCCAGACCCGGCCGGGAGCCUCGAGGACAUCGAACAAUACUCUUGCAUCCCUUGAGCUCCUCACCCACGAAGAAUACUUUUCCCUCAUUCGGGACUACAAGGACCCGCAUGCAGACGACGUGGAGUUCCUCGAAUCGAUACACCUCGAGUCCUUCCCGCAGUGGACGUUUGAGCUCUCGCAGGGGUUUAGCGUGUGCCUGUAUGGGUACGGGUCGAAACGAGCGCUCCUUCACAGGUUUGCCAGGCACGUAUACGACAAGUACCCGGAUCACGUCGCCAACAAGAUCGUCAUCAUCAAUGGCUACGUCCGGACGAGUUCCCUCCGCGAGAUCCUAGGCACCGUCGCGAGCGCCGUCAGUCCCUCCCACAAGGUACCCAGCGGGAACCCGGCGGCGAUGCUGGAUAGCGUGAAGUCGCUGCUAUCUUCUCACGACACCGUCGUCACCAUCGUGUUGAAUUCCGUCGAUGCCCCUCCCUUGCGGAAGGCCGGCACCCAGCCUGCCCUCGCCCAGCUGGCGGCGCACCCCAACAUUCGGCUCAUAUGCUCCGCCGACACGCCCGAUUUUCCGCUGCUGUGGGAUAGCAGCCUGCGGUCCUCGUUCAGCUUCGUGUUCCACGACUGCACCACGUUCGCGCCUUUCACGGCGGAGAUCGAGGUCGUCGACGACGUCCACGAGCUGCUGGGCCGCAAGGCGAGACGCGUCGGCGGCAAGGAGGGCGUGACGUACGUCCUCCGCAGUCUGCCGGAGAACGCCAAGAACCUGUUCCGCCUGCUCGUCGGCGAGGUCUUGGCGGCCAUGGACGACGAGGGCGUGGCGUCCGGCGGCGAGAAUCCCGGCGUGGAGUACCGGAUGUUGUACAACAAGGCGGUUGAGGAGUUUAUCUGCAGCUCGGAGAUGGCUUUCCGUACGCUGCUGAAAGAAUUCCACGAUCAUCAGAUGAUCACGAGUCGCAAGGAUCUGCUAGGAACCGAGCUGCUGAGCGCACCAUUCCAGAAAGACGAGCUCGAGGGCAUCUUGGAAGACCUUAUGUCAUAAGCAUAGCGUAGUAUAUAUCUACCUCUUGAGUAAUGGCCGUCACGAUCGGAGGGAGCAUGAUAGCAUAUAGAGUAAAAGAAAGGGCAGGGUACAGACAUAGCCGUAGGAUACAGUAUGCGUGCAGUAGAGAUACCCCUGGAUAAUUUAUUCGUCUGUAUUUUUAGUCUUCUUCUGUCUUGAUCGAACUUUGGCGGGUUCCCUCCACCGCACCCAAUCGUUCUCUCUCGUCCAUCAACUCGCUCUCGCCGUCGAGGCCCGCCCACUUGGGCUUUCCGUCGGGGAUAUCUAUGACGCGCUGGCUGUAGAAUAUGUGACACCGCGGCUCAAAGACGCUCCUGGCGCGCUCGGGGUCGCCGGGGCCGAAGUCGACGAGGCCGGGGAAGACGAGGGCCAUGCGGCGGCCCUCGUCAAGGACGGGGGCGCGGCAGCGCGCGCAGCUGACCUUGCAGGGGAGGCGGUGGGCGGGCAGGGCGGCGGGCGCGUGGUAGAAGGCGAGCCCGGCGG